AUGGGGUCCGGCAGCCCCCGGCGCCUUCUCUGCGUGCUCUGCAUCUUCUCGGUGCUGGCUGGGCACCCGCCCCCUGCCACGGCACAGUGGUUUUACCCCCUGGGCUCGGAGGAUACCACCCCAGAUCCGGGCACCAGCCCCACGGCCCCCACGGCGCCCGCCCUGGAUGGGGAGGAAGACGGAGACGCUGGCGGUGUGGAGCCCACGCGGAAGGUGCUGCUGAGCAAACCCCCACUGGUGACAGCCCCCCGACGCCGGGAGCCCCUCGCUAGGGGGGCAGCGAAGGGCCCGGGCCAUGCCCCACCGCGCACGCGAGGCCAGAAGCACCGACCCCCAGCCACCCCAGAAAUCUUCGAGGGGAGCGCAGAGGAAGAGGAGUUCCUGCAGAUCAAGACGACGGCUAAAGGGCUGCCCUGGCGGGUGCCCCCAGCCCCAGAGACGGACCCUGCCCUCCAGAUGCACAACGGCUCCAGCUGUGUCUGCCCCGUGCGCCCCGGCCCUCCCGGCCCUCCCGGCCCAAAGGGAGAGAAAGGUGACCGAGGGUCCCCAGGAGACAGAGGCCAGCCCGGAUUCUCUGGGGAGAGAGGGAAGUCUGGCAACCCAGGGCAGCCAGGUCACCAGGGUCCCCGGGGCCCCCCAGGUCCUCCGGGACCACCAGGGCCCCCAGGACCACCAGGCACGUGGGGAGCCAGGAGCCCACCCACGCACGCCGCCCUCCCUGAGGGAUCAGAGAAUGAGCUGGGAGCAUCCAGCCCUGCAGGAAACCCAGGACCACCGGGCCCCCCCGGGCUGCCCGGCCUGCCUGGACCCCCAGGCUACCCAGGCCAUGAAGGCCCCCCGGGGGUCCCUGGGCGGGAGGGGCAGCCAGGACCCCCCGGCCCACCAGGGGCUGUGGGACCACCCGGUUUCCCUGGGGCUGAAGGUUCUCCGGGGUCUCCAGGCUCAGCUGGGCCAGAUGGACCCCCAGGGGCACCAGGGCUCCCAGGGCCACAAGGUCCCCCUGGGGUGCCUGGGCAGGAAGGACCCCCCGGUCCCACAGGACCUGCAUCACUCCCUGGCAAACCAGGGCUCCGAGGGGAGCCGGGAUUCCCUGGACUAAAGGGUGAGAAGGGUGAACACGGACUGCCAGGCAUGCCUGGGAGCCCUGGCCGGACCGGAGAGACGGGGUCCCCAGGCAUGCCCGGUCCCAUGGGGCCGCCGGGGCCACCGGGAGACUACAGGUGCGACUCGCGCCACGCAGGGCACCACAGAUCGGCCGGGCCGCCAGGUCCCAAGGGAGAAAAGGGCGACCCCGGAGAGCGGGGGUGCUGCUAUGGGGAACACGGGUGCAAACCAGGCCACCUCCCCUUCCCUGGCACCGGCAGCCAGUCUGGAUCCUGGGUGCCCAUGAGCGGGUACCAAACGGGCGGCAAAGAUGAGACGGAGAUUUACGGAGCGAUCAUCCCCCAUGGUCCUCGAGGUGCCCCCGGGAACCCUGGCCCUCCUGGCCCCCCUGGCCCCCCUGGAGCACCAGGUCUCCUCUACCUCAACAGGGUUUACCCCAUCCGUGCCCAGCCACCCUGCAAGCAGCCGGCAGCCGCUGACGCAGGCUGGACAGCAGAUGCUGACGUCCCUCGGACGGAGCUGCCAGACUCCCACGCCGAUCUCCGGCGCCAGACGUGGGUCUUCAGGUCCAAGGAGCUGAUGCUGAAGUCGGGCAGCACGGUGCCCGAGGGGAGCCUGGUUUACGUGCGGGAAGGGAGCAGUGCCUUCCUCCGGACCCCCGCAGGCUGGAGCCGCCUCCUGCUGGAGGACUCGGAUUCGCACUUCGCUGGUGACGACCCCUCCGCCUCCACCCCACGGUACCAGGAGGCGAAGCGGGUGCAGAUAAGAGGUCCCAACGUGGGGCCACCCGUACUAGCCCCGACGGACUCGCUGGUGCAGAAGGAGGAGGGACAAGGGCUGCCCCAGAUCCUGCCAACCACCAUCGCCCCACGGAUUCCAUCACUCCGCCUGGCUGCCCUGAACGUGCCCCUUGCCGGUGACAUGAGCGGGAUCCGGGGUGCCGACCUGCAGUGCUACCGGCAGUCCCAGGAGGCUCAGCUCUACGGCACUUUCCGGGCGCUCCUGUCGGCCCCCACCCAGGACCUGGUCUCCAUCGUCAAGAGGACGGACAGAACCCUCCCUGUUGUCAACCUGAAGGGCCAGCUCCUGGCCAAGUCUUGGAACUCCCUGUUCGAGGGCCAAGCCGGUACCGCCCCGCAGGGGCCCAUCUACUCCUUCAACGGACGCAACGUCCUGACAGAUCCCCUCUGGCCCCGCCGGCUGGCUUGGCACGGAUCCACGCCGCGGGGCGGCCAUGCCCGCAGACGGGAUUGCCAGGGCUGGCGCAGCUCCGGUCCCGGGGAGGGUCUGGCCACCCCCCUGGGCGAGGGCAGGCUGCUUGCCGGGCAGCGGCACAACUGCUCCGAGGCGCUGGUGGUGCUCUGCGUGGAGGUGGCCUUUCCCUACCGGCACAUGUGGUGACCCCGGCACUACGGCACCGGUGACCCCCAGCCACAUGCCCCAGGCAGCCCCCCCCCCCCAUCCUGUGGGGCCAGGGGAGCCCUGGAAGCCCCAUGGACAGCACAGCGGGGAGAACUGCAGCAUCGGAGCCAUGCAAGAGCACCGAGAGGACACCAACCCCACGGCCUGGUUGUGCCGUGCUUGUCCCUGGCUGUGCCGUCCCCGCAGAUCCCUGUGCCGCGGGGCAGCAGGGUGAUGCCAG